GGGCUAUUGCACCACUUUUACCUCUUUCUCAUGUCGAACAUUAAGCAUAUCAGCAAGACAAUAUAUUUCCUCAUUACUCACAUACAGUUCAAAAGAAAUAGGGACGUAAGUGCCAUACUGUUGCUUAAAAUGAAUUGAGCACGCCAUAGAUGUACGCAAUUAUUAACCAAUCAGGAUGGUCGUUGAUGAUGAGCCGUUGGUGUCGCCUCAUCAAAAAGCGCUCCUAUUUGACGCAUAAAAAUAAUAAUGGAGGCUGGGCUACUGAGAUUUUGAUGGCUGCUGUCUAAUCAAUAUACUUCCCCAGAUAUUUUAUGUUCUUGUACGUCCAAAUGUUCUCAUACUAUUACUUCUUUAUGGCUGACUAUUCUCGCAUACCACAACCUCAGGGCGGCGCUUCCCUUAUGAUUGCUUUUCAGAGUAGAAAUAAGAAUGUCAUCAUUAUUGGACACAAUACAGUGGCUGCCAGCCGAGUUUUUGCAUGUCUUGAAGCGGAUGCUAACGUAUAUCUUGUGGCUGAUCCGAAAUGCAUGUGCACAGAAUUGGCCUAUCGAGUUGAACAACGCCAAAUCACCUUACUAAGCCAUCACUAUACAUCAGCUCUUUUAGAUAACACGCAAUGCCGGUUUGAUCUGGGAUUUGUUUGCGGUACAGUCAGCACGACGGAGGCUUUUAGGCUCACUGAUUCGUCUACAGAGUAUAUUUCUCAGCAAUUCAAACAGCAUGGUAUUCCUGUCAACGUAACAGAUCGUCCUGAUUUGAGCGAUUUUUUCAUGACUUCUACUUACCGAGAUCAGUCAGUUCAAAUCUCUGUAUCUACAAACGGUCAAGCAUCGAAAUUAUCAAAUCGAAUUCGUCGGCAUAUCACCUCCAACUUACCUGCGAGAUUAGGUGAUGCAGUACAGAGAGUAGGUGUUUUGAGAAAAAAGGUACGUGCCGUCGAUCCAAGUACAGCAUCCGGUAUUCGUCGCAUGAAAUGGCUGGCACAGAUCUGUGAAUAUUGGAGUAUGGAACGAUUAGCCCAGCUAUCAGAUAAGGAUAUGGAGGAGUUAUUGGAAACGUAUCAUGACGAUGAAGGAUAUGAGAGUCUUGACACAACAACUGACAAUGCGGUGAGGGGUAGUAAAAAGUUAGAACCUUUAUCUAAAGGAAGUAUAACAUUGGUGGGUGCUGGUACAGGAGAUCCGGAUCUGUUGACAAUAGCAGCUUACAAAGCAAUCGAAGAAGCUGAUCUCAUUCUUUCAGAUAAAAUCGUACCUGAAGAAGUUCUCAAGCUGGUAAAAUGUGAUUUGAAGAUUGCUCGGAAAUUUCCAGGAAACGCUGAUGCUGCACAAGAAGAAUUCAACAAAUUGGCCUUGAAAGCCAUACAUCAAGGAAAGAAAGUAGUACGUCUCAAGCAAGGAGACCCAUACUUAUUCGGUCGUGGAGGUGAAGAAGUUCUAUUUUUCCGUAACCACGGUAUUACUCCCCGUGUGAUACCUGGUAUUUCAUCUACUGUGGCUGCUGGUUUAUUAGCAGGAAUUCCUUUGACCCAUCGAUCUGUUGCCUCCCAAUUUUUGGUCACUACUGGCACAGGGGCACACAAUUCGGCUGCUCCAUUACCUAAAUAUGACAAACAUCGUACAGAUGUAUUUUUGAUGGCUAUUCAUCGACUAGAAAUGUUAGUGAAAGAUUUGAUAUCUACACAAAAAUAUCCGGCAGAUAUACCUUGUGCGAUCGUCGAACGAGCUAGUUGUAAAGAUCAGAGAGUGAUUUGGGGGACUUUGUCGAACAUCAGCGAUGUUCUAAGAGCUUGCGGUGGAAGCCGACCACCAGGCUUACUAAUUGUGGGCCAUGCAAUCAACGUGCUUAAGCAUGAAAAUAAAGGGACGGAAGGUGUAGCGGCUAGUUUAAUGUCAGCUUCAGGAACGCUUAUAAACAACUUGACCGAAGAUAUAAAAAGUGAUGGAAAUAACAGCCAUCUAUUGACUUUACAUGACCCUGAAUGUGUUCUAUAGAUUUAAUCACAUCUAAAAUCGGCACUUUAAAGUAAUAUUCUAUCACUAUACCGCUAAUUUGUACAUACGCAAUCCUUUCAUUUCAUUUGUAAUUAUAGCUUUCAAAAAAACCUUUAGAUCAAUUAAUAAAAAGACACACUACUAGAUUUAUGCAAAC